AUGGGAUCCGACAACAAGCUGCUUUGCCUUAAUAUCCUGGGCUACAAGAAGCCGGGGAUUACCGCGGAAGAAUACCGCAGCUACAUGGUGAAUCAUCAUGCGCCACGAGUCGCACAGCUCAUGGAUAAAUAUGGCUUUCUUCAGUGGAACAUGACUCAUACCGUCGACGAGUCGCCGCAGCUUAUGAGUCAGCUCUAUGAUGCACAGUUCUCAAAUGUUGCGCCGUACGACUGCUGUGUGCAGCUGGUGUUUCCUAGCAUCGAGUGUUUUGUCAGGAUGAAGGCGGACCCCUUUUUCAAGGAGAGUGUAGGCCCCGAUCAUGAGAAGUUUGCCGACACAAAGAGGUCGCAGAUGAUGAUAGGCUGGUUUUGUCCCUUGAUGCUGAACGAAAAGAUGAUCGAUAGCAGUAAGCAGAGUUGGAAGACGGACCAGGCUGAGUGA